AUGCCUGGGCGGCGGAGCGUGAUCGGCUCGUAUCAGGCAGUAGCUGAUAUUGCAGGCCAGCGUUUCUUCUCCACCACCAUCCCUCGUCAUGCAGAUAUCACCCUCACCGUCGAUGGGAAGGAGGUUACCGUUCCGCAAGGAACUGCUCUGAUCCAGGCUUGUGAAGCCGCUGGUGCGACCGUCCCGCGGUUCUGUUACCAUGACCGAUUAGCUAUCGCUGGAAACUGCCGGAUGUGCUUGGUCGAGGUCGAGCGCUCUCCCAAACCCGUCGCAUCCUGCGCCAUGCCAGCCAUGCCCGGAUCCAAAGUCUUCACCAACACUCCCCUCGUCCACAAGGCCCGCGAAGGCGUCAUGGAAUUCCUCCUCGCCAACCACCCCCUCGACUGCCCUAUCUGCGACCAGGGUGGCGAGUGUGAUCUCCAAGAUCAGUCCAUGCGGUACGGAUCGGACCGGACUCGAUUCCACGAGAUCACGGGCAAGCGGGCAACGGAGAACAAGGACCUCGGACCGAUCGUCAAGACCAGCAUGAACCGGUGUAUCCAGUGCACCCGGUGCGUGCGGUUCGCCAAUGACGUGGCGGGCGUCGAGGACCUCGGAACGACCGGACGGGGUAACGAUCUCCAGAUCGGGAUGUACAUCGAGAAGACGAUGGACUCGGAGAUGUCGGGAAACAUCAUCGAUCUCUGCCCCGUCGGCGCCCUCACGUCCAAGCCAUACGCUUUCCAGGCGCGACCAUGGGAGCUUAAAAAGACCGAGUCGGUCGACGUGCUCGAUGCGGUCGGAAGCAACAUCCGGGUCGACUCGCGGGGCGUUCAGGUCAUGCGCGUCCAGCCCAAGAUCAAUGACGAGAUCAACGAGGAGUGGAUCAAUGACAAGACGCGGUAUGCUUACGACGGGCUCAAGUACCAGCGGUUGACCACACCGCUGGUGCGUGAGGGGGACAAGUUUGUUCCCGCCACUUGGGAGCACGCGAUGGAGUCUAUUCGUCAUGGGUUCCUCAACUCGGGCGCGCGGGGAGAUGAGAUCAAGGCGGUUGCGGGUGCAUUGGCGGACACGGAGUCCCUCGUCGCGCUCAAGGAUCUCAUCAACCGCAUGGGAUCCGAAAACCUCACUACCGACACCCCUCUCGGCCACCUCCCCUCCCCUACCGGAUCCGAAAUCCGCUCCAACUACCUCUUCAACACCUCCAUCGAGACUGCCAACGAGGCGGAUGCGGUCCUCCUCAUCGGUACCAACCCACGCCACGAGGCGGCCAUCCUCAACACCCGUUUCCGGAAGUCAUACCUCCAGACCGGCGCAGAGUUUGCGCUCAUCGGCGAGAACUUUGACUCUACGUUCGAGUACGAGCACGUCGGGACGAGCGCCAAGGACGUCGAGUCGUUCUUGGGCGGGAAGGGUAAGGGGGCGUUUGGCAAGAUCUGGAAGGAGGCCAAGAAGCCAUUGGUGAUUGUCGGAUCGGGCGUGAUUGAGGGCAAGGAGGGAGCGGCGGUAUUGAAGGCGGUGUCAAAGCACAUGCUUGACAACUCGGCCAGGUUCUUGGCGGAGGGAUGGAAUGGGUUCUCAGUUCUUCAACGAGCUGCAUCUCGGACCGCCGCACUCGACGUCGGCUUCACCCCAUCCGCCGCCGCAUCCAAAGCCACCCCCAAAUUCGUCUACCUCCUCAAUGCCGACGAUAUCGACCCCUCCACCAUCCCCGAGAACGCAUUCGUCGUCUACCAAGGCCACCACGGUGACCUCGGCGCGCAGUUCGCGGACGUCUGUCUUCCCGGCGCGGCAUACACCGAGAAGGCCACCACAUGGGUCAACACGGAAGGCCGGAGUCAAAUGGGCCGCACCGCCGUCCCACCACCCGGAGCCAGCCGGGAAGACUGGAAGAUUCUCCGUGCGCUCUCCGAGGUCGUUGGCGAGCCAUUACCAUACGACGACAUCUACACCCUGCGCGAGCGGAUGUGGGACGUCUCGCCCACCCUGCUGAGGUACGAUACGCUCGAGCGGCCAUCGGCGGAGCUGGUCACCGCGGGUCUGAAGCAGUUGUCCUCGGCAUCAGUAUCGGCAGGCUCGGCAACGGCGUUCAAGAAGCCCAUCUCGGACUUCUACAGGACAGAUCCUAUUUCGAGGGCGUCGGUGACAAUGGCGGCGUGCUCGAAGGCGUUCACAAAGAAGGAGUACGAGACGACGCAGGUGGAUGAUGCGAUUGGGGGUCAGGCAUCAUACGCAUGA